CGGUCGCGCAGACUCCUCCCACAAGGGCGGGGACAAGCGGGGCCCAAGAUGGCAGCCAGCCGCUACCGGCGUUUCCUUAAGCUCUGUGAGGAAUGGCCAGUGGACGAGACCAAACGGGGCCGGGACUUGGGCGCUUACCUGCGGCAGCGGGUAGCACAGGCCUUUCGGGAGGGAGAGAACACCCAGGUUGCGGAGCCUGAGGCCUGUGAUCAGAUGUAUGAGAGCUUAGCAAGACUCCAUUCAAACUAUUACAAACACAAGUACCCUCGCCCCAGAGACACGAGCUUCAGUGGCCUGUCCGUGGAGGAGUACAAGCUGAUCCUGUCCACAGACACCCUAGAAGAGUUUAAGGAAAUGAAUAAAGGCAUGUGGAAGAAACUGCAGGAGAAGUUUGCCCCCAGGAAUCCCGAGGAGAAGCAGAAGGCCUGGGCCCGGGCUUUAUCUCGCCCGCGCACCUAAGCGUGGAGUCUUGUACGUUGCCAUCAUAAAUAAAACCGCCCUGAUUUCCCCAUCCUCGUGGUUCAGGAAUCUCACCCAGCCUUCACAGAAAGGAAGCCAUUGUUGUUCUAAAGAAAGCUGCUGCCCGAGAAGGGAUGCCUCUGAGCAUCCACCCCCUCCCGCCCGUCAGGGUAGGGAGGUCUCCAGAGGAGAGGAAAUGUGGGGCUCCGCCUGGGCUGCGAAGGGAAGGUGACGGGGCCUCUGAGCAAGGUGCUUCCUGUGCAGCCACGGGAGCCCCAGCUGCCAGGGGUGUCUGGCUGGCUCCUGGCAAGAGUCUCAGGCUCCCUUUUGUUGUAGGAGCUCCUGGGGGAUAGCCCAAACUAGCAGUAACCAUUGAGAAGGCAUCCUGUUGCAGGCGGAAGGCAGCAGGAGGUGGUGUGGCCGAGAGAUGACAAGAGGCUGCUUGGCCGUCAUCCCCACUGACUCAGAAGCACAGAUCCGCUCCUCUGCCCCUGACCUUGCAGAAAACCAAUGUUCCAGGUGUGCUUGAGAGACAGAGUAGAGCUAUGGGUGUAGAGCUCUGGCCAGGCGGGGCCUCAGACUGCAGGCGGCUUUAGCCGUAGGACACCAGCCCCCCGGGCCAGGGACACACACACGGUCCUCUCUCCCCUGGAACCUCAGCUGUGGUAAAUGCUCGAGGUCCCCACAUGAGCACUUCAGUCAAGAACAGAGCUGAGAGAAGGUGGGGCAGGGGCUGUCAGGCACCCCUCGCGGGGAAGAAGGGAAAGCGAGCUCCUAACCUCCUUUGUACUUGCACUCCUCAGUGUGUUUCGAAAUACAUACAAUAAAGUGCAAACCAGUUACACUGCGA